AUGAAAAUUCCUCUUCGACGUUUCUUACGUAAUACCUUCGAUGCUACGACAAUUUGUAGAACGUGGUUCACGUAGGACUUGCAAUAAUUCAUUGCAUUUGAUUGGCAAAUAAAUUCAAUUAAAAGCACUCGUUGGGUUUAUGAUUUUAAUUAAUCUUAUCCAAUCUGACUGCUCUUAAUUAAUCUAAGUAAUAAGUAUUAUCCAAGCUAUAGUUAUCUGAUAAAUUGGCUAUUACCAGCAGGUAAACAGCUCGUUUGCAUGAAAUAUAAUAUAAGUAUGUACCUAAUAAAAUUAUAUUUAAAAAAAUAAUUAGAUUUUAUACACGAAAUACGCAGAUUCGUCAGGUAUAAUCAUUUUAUUUUAGAUUAUAAGCUAAAACUGGAUUACUGUAAUAUUCAUGUUAUUUUAACCGCAAUGACUUAUCUCGUUUUCAUGAAGUUACCAGAUUCAGCGUUUUACAUGAACGUUUGUUAUUACUCAUAAGGAUGCUUGACCCAAAAGUUUUGCCUUGCUAAAGCCAAAAGGGUGUGUGCUUACUGAAAAUUCUAUGUUUGUACGACCUUCUACUUCUAGUGUCGCGAUUUGUACAAAAUUUAAAAGUUCCCCACGUAAUUUAUUACGUCAAGGUACAUAUCGAAAAAAAAAGAAAAAACUUACCAGACAAUCAUUUUGAUUUUAAUAAUUAAUGGCUUCUACAUUGUUAUCGGAGUACCGAAAGAAGCUCGGCAUAAGUAUUAUUACAAUUGCAUCAAAAACAACACGAACAAGAUAUCGGAUUCGAAAAAGGGACGUAAGCUCUUGUGAAAAAGACAAUAGAAUAGACGCGUAAAGUCUACUGUUAUAGAAACGAGAAACAAUAAAUUAUAGAACGAGAAAUAGCACGUUUAUGUGCGUUAAGCGUGUGAAAGAAGCAGGAGGUCGUAAAACGUUAUGUUUUCGCUAGUUACCUGCGCGCACAUUUGUAAUUUACGAUAACACGUUUGAGCGAGCUUACGUAUCUAAUACCUUUUGCUAUUAGUGAAAUUACUCAGUAGGUAACAAAACGUAAUAAUUUUCACGCGUCUUGUUGACUCUUCAUCAGGGGUCAAAUUAAGCUGAUUAAAAUAUAUAGACGAAGAUUCGUUGCAUACUUUUGCAUGAAUUAUCAUACUAGUAUCCUAUCAAUGUGGCUGAAUGCAACUUAUGGAUGGUAAUAAAACGCAUUCGUACAAACAGAGCUAUUUAAAAAAACUGUGGAUAAUUCAUUUCAUAUUGCCAGUAGAAAUGAAACUCGAAUCAGCCAGUAGCAGUGAGACUUGGUGAAACACAUACAUAUGUCAUAUCAGCCCUUCUAUCGAAGUGAAUUCUAAUACGUUCUCGCUUUACGAAAUACUUCCAAAUUCUGUUUGCCAACGGUCCCCAUUGAUUGUCACAACUUCACGUACCAUACAUUCGGUAACACCCUAGCAUAUUCGUCCCUUCGAUCGAUCGGAUUGGAUGAAGGCACUCCUUUUUUUUUCUAUCUCACUGUAUGUCAGCCAUGGGAAAUCAUUCCAUCCAGUCACGAUCCUACAUUCAAUUUUACAUCUCGGCUAAGCAUUUUUGUCAGCAAUUUUUCAACGAUAUUCCUGCAUUUUUUAAUUUACAGGGAUAUAAAUAUGAUUUAUGGAUUAUUCAAUUUUUAUUCGAGCGCGACAACUUUGAGAUGUUUCUUUACACAGGGGAAUGUGAAUGUAAUUCUUUAUUAUUUAUAUACCGUAAAACUGUUACUGAGAUACUGUGUACGCGAUAUAGUCGUUGCGGCACGUAAAAAAUUACAAGUUUCACAUAAAACGGACGGUUUUAGAAUUGUUGUUAACUAAAGUAGUGUAAGUAAAGUAUCGAUUCAAUAAUCACUCAGAUAGCCUUUACAAAUUAAGCUUUCAUCCACUCAAUCACAGCGGGUAGAGAAAUUUCGAUUAUUUCGAAGUCGCGAAACUUCGGGAAGCAAUUUAAUAAAUGAAAAAGAUAUUAGCGGAAGGUAAAUAAAGUUUGGAGAGGUUUGCUCAGUUGUUUCCGAAAAUUCCCUUAGGUAGCCUUAUUAGUCUUGUCUUGUCGUGAGCAAUAUUUCGGUAAUUUGAAAACAUCAACAGAUAUUCGUUGAUUACUCCUUUGCCACCGUAUAAAAUAACAGUUAGGAUGUUUUCAAGUAUAGCAGGGACAGAACAUUUGGCAAAUAGUCUCCUGUAAAGGAAUUCAAUAAGGUUUCGAAAUUCAAUUUAGGGAAUGGAAAAUCCCUGCCUUCUAUAGCUCGAAGAAUAACGUUUCGAUCUCCAGUGGCAGGAUGAACUUCUCGUGGUCUCCGGAAGAUGGAGGACCUGAUGCAUUAUGGCCAGUAAUGCUCAACUCUACGUACUGGAGUGGAAGCAACGCAAAUUUAUAUGACGAUUAUGACGAUCUCUACGACGUACCAGCUGGUCUUAUAGCUUUACUGAGUGUCUGCUACGGAAGCAUCUCCGUUCUUGCUGUUCUUGGUAACUCCUUGGUGAUAUGGAUAGUUGCCACUUCACGUAGAAUGCAAAGUGUCACCAACUGCUUCAUCGCCAAUCUGGCUCUGGCUGAUAUCGUCAUUGGACUCUUUGCUAUUCCAUUUCAAUUUCAGGCUGCCCUUCUGCAGAGGUGGAAUCUACCGCAUUUCAUGUGUGCUUUCUGUCCGUUCGUCCAAAUUCUCUCUGUUAAUGUGUCCGUGUUCACUCUGACUGCCAUCGCGGUUGAUCGUCAUCGCGCAAUUCUGAAGCCUCUCAGUGCCAGGCCGAGCAAGUUACGAGCAAAGAUUGUCAUUGCUGGUAUUUGGUUGCUAGGCGGUGCUUUGGCUGCUCCGAUGGCAGUAGCUCUCAGAGUAGUAAUGGUACCGGAAAGUGCAGGCGUUGGCAGACUACGCCUCAAGCCAUUCUGCUGUAAUGAGAAUAUGUCAGAGAAAUCGAUGCUCACGUAUAGAGCUUUACUGGGUUUUCUACAGUACCUGACACCUUUAACAGUAAUAUCCUGCGUGUAUGCGAGAAUGGCUCUGAAACUUUGGGGUAGCCGAGCGCCAGGAAACGCUCAAGACUCUCGUGACGCCAAUCUUAUGAAAAACAAGAAGAAGGUUAUCAAAAUGCUGGUGAUAGUGGUGGCACUCUUUGCGAUUUGCUGGCUACCAUUGCAAACGUACAACGUGCUGCAGUAUUCGUAUCCAGAAAUAAAUGAAUACCGCUAUAUCAAUAUAAUAUGGUUUUGUUGCGACUGGCUGGCUAUGUCAAACAGCUGUUACAAUCCAUUCAUAUACGGCAUAUAUAAUGAGAAAUUCAAACGAGAAUUUCAACAGAGGUGUCCAUUCAAAUCGCGAAAAUGGUCAUCCAGUCCUCCUACAGACAGUUUCGACACGGAUAAGACACAAAGUACCAGAGCGUCUAUAAGGUAUGAUUGGCGAAGACCAGCCUUAGGAGGAUGUCCAGCCACUGCAUCUUUUUAUCCUGGUGUAUCUGUACGUGGUCCAUCCCUAGGACGUCUUGAAAGUAAUACUAGAGCUUUAAAUGCAACGGGCUGUUUCAUUCGGAAUGGACACUCUAACUACCAGUCAAACAAAAAACAUGCAGAAAGAUCUGCUGAACUUUAUGUCUUCCCUUCAGGGAGACACAAGCAUUCGCUUAACCUUGUCUCUGAGGAAUUAUGUCUGUAAAUUCUUAUUUCUUCUCUUUGAUCCUCUGCUGGGCAUAAGGCUUCAGAAGUCUCAACGUAAAAGUGCUAAAACACUUAGAACCAGCAAAGGAUUGAGCUUUGCGAAUAGCUAUGCAUACUUUGAGUUUAACCCGCGAUUCCCUCAAUACAAUUUAUUGAAUUACAGUUCAAUAAAACAUAGCAGAACAGUCGAACAAUUGGAUUCUCAAUAACUUUGUCGACACGGCUGAUGCUAAUUGUUUGACACACAAAUUUGUCAGUUAAACGGUACAUAAGAGAAAUUAAUGUAGCUAUAUUCCAUGUAUGGUUCAAUUCAAUUUUGUACCUAUAUUCAACUUGAUUUAAUCGAAUCUCAUAACUUUUCAAAGUUCAUGACUGUGCAAUUUGAAAAUAUAAGAUGUUACAAGAUGGCAUUGACCUCAAAUUAUAUUAAGAUAAACCUACGUGGAAGAAUGUUUCAAGGUUGACAAUGACCUUUAGUGAGCCUAAAGAAAAUAUUAACAAUAGAUGCGAGAAUAAAUUCGAUCUCAUAUGAGAAUCAUGGCGAUUUCUGUGACCGAAUAACUUUCCGCGCUGUACGUCAUCAGCUGUGGUGUCACUGUUAUGGGCGACUCGAUUUUGGGAGACGAAGGAAAUCGAAAAUUAUAAUUCUUAUCUGUAAUAAUUACAUACAAAUUAUAACUAUAAUCUGAUCAAAUCGUUUCACUGCAGUACAGGUUUAUAUGCUUGACAAUAUUCGGGACUCCGUUGAAACACCAACAAAAAUUGCAUCUUUGCGCUCGGAAACCUUAAUAACAUUUGAAUUAUUUUCUUUAUCAAUCUAUUACUUUUAAAUUAUUUUUUCGACCGAAUAAGUUCCAUGAAUACUGCUCAUCCUGUAAUUUUGUAUCAAGUUCCUAUUAAGUUUUUUUAUUAUUAAUAAUAUAUAGAACAAAAUUGUGGAGGACUUGAUUUGUUUGAAUUGGUAUUUUACAAAUCGGAUAAGUCACUUGAGUAGACAUUUAUACGCUGUUCUACGUCUUUGUUCUAGUCAAUAUAUAAGUGCCCUAUGGUCAUUGGUAGUGUAAAUAAAAUAUACUGUGUAUAUUAGUCCAGAA